UGAAUUUAGUGCCGUGUUAAUACCAAACUGCUACGGAGGCAACCAUGUAUCUUAUGUAAUCUUGCAUCAAGCUUCCUAACUUCCUAAAGCUUGGCAUGGCACGACGUCAUUUCCGAAUGACGUGUUUAUGCUGACGUGGCUUGUAUAAAUGUGAAGGUUUUUGGGAUGGGGGUGUGUGAUGAUUGAUAGAACAGCAGCUCCGAGGCUCUCUGAUGAAUCUUACAUGUUCCACUGAGGGACAUCCUGCUGCUGACGUUAACACAAACAUUCUGCACACGUACACGGCUCCGAGCAACAAGGUACCCCCCCGUGAGUCGUUUGAUAAAUCCGUUUCCACUCCGCUGUGUAAUGCGUCUCAUUAAGGAGACUUCCCAGAAUGCUCGUUAGAUGGAGAUGAUGAGAGAUAGUGACUCAGGGAUGUGAGAUGGAGAAGUAAUCAUGAACUUUACCUUCCAUUGUUUGGGAAAAAAUCUUCACUUGAGAUCAGUUAGGCAGGAAAUUAUGCAGCUUGCUGGCAUCCCAUCCACAGUGUAUUCCCACCUCCGGCACAGAGUUCUCAGCAUACACUCCAGAUCCGCCAUCACCCUGACCAGGAUAUGACCACUGACGAUGAUCAUGAUGAUGAUGGUGAUGAUGAUGGUGAAGGUGAUACUGAUGAAGGUGGUGAUGAAUGUGAUUAUGAUGAUGAUGAUGAUGAUGAUGAAGGUGGUGAUGAAUGUGAUUAUGAUGAUGAUGAUGAUGAUGAAGGUGAUGAUAAUAAUGAUGAUGAAGGUGAUGAUGAUGAUGAAUGAUGAUGAUGAAUAAUGAUGGUGAUGAUAAUAAUGAUGAUGAAGGUGAUGAUGAUGAUGAUGAAGGUGGUGAUGAUGAUAAUGAUGAAGGUGAUGAUGAAUGAUGAUGAUGAUGAAGGUGAUGAUGAAUGAUGAUGAUGAAUAAUGAUGAUGAUGAUGAUGGUGGUGAUGAUGAUAAUGAUGGUGGUGAUAAUGAAUGAUGAUGACGAUGAAAGUGAUGAUGAUGAAUAAUGAUGAUGAUGAUAACGAAGCUGAUGAUGAUGAUGGUGAUGAUAAUAAUGAUGAUGAAGGUGAUGAUGAUGAUGAAUAAUGAUGGUGAUGAUAAUAAUGAUGAUGAAGGUGAUGAUGAUGAUGAAGGUGGUGAUGAAUGUGAUUAUGAUGAUGAUGAAGGUGGUGAUGGUGAUGAAUGAUGAUGAUGGUGAUUAUGAAUGAUGAUGAUGAUGAAGGUGAUUAUGAUGAUGAAUGAUGAUGAUGGUGGUGAUGAUAAUGAUGAAGGUGAUGAUGAAUGAUGAUGAUGAUGAAGGUGAUGAUGAAUGAUGAUGAUGAAUAAUGAUGAUGAUGAUGAUGGUGGUGAUGAUGAUAAUGAUGGUGAUGAUAAUGAAUGAUGAUGACGAUGAAAGUGAUGAUGAUGAAUAAUGAUGAUGAUAACGAAGCUGAUGAUGAUGAUGGUGAUGAUAAUAAUGAUGAUGAAGGUGAUGAUGAUGAUGAUGAUGAAGGUGGUGACGAAUGAUGAUGAUGAUGAAGGUGGUGAUGAUGAUGGUGAUUAUGAAUGAUGAAGAUGAUGAUGGUGAUGAUGACGAUGAUGACGAUGAAGGUGAUGAAGUAGCCUGAGGUUAGAACCCAGUGUUCAUAACUCAUAAAUAUCAGUUUAUGAAAGAAGAGAGCAGAUGCAUUUUCUUUCUUUCUUUCUUUCUAUUGCUGUUCUUUCAUUUAUUCCCUUGUUCCCUUAUGUCCUUUCUUCAUCCCUUCCUUCCUUUUCUGCUUUAUUUGUUUCUAUUGCUCUUUCUUUCUUUCUUUCUUUCUUUCUAUUGUUAGCCUUUCAUUCCGUCAUCCUUCUGUUUGUCCUUCCUUCUUUCCUCCCUUCCUUCCUUAAUUUCCUGGUAUGUUUGUUUCUAUUGCUGUUCUUUCUAUCUUUCUUUCUUUUCUCUGUUCUUUUCUAUAGUCUUUUUUAUUCUUCUUCUAUAUUUUACUUCUUCUUUCUUUCCUCCUUUUUUCCUUGGUUCUUUCAGUAUAACUAUGAGGUUUCGGAGAAGGAGAGAUAGUGGACAUGUUUCUAAAGAACAUCGUAGCGUGUACUGAGUCUGGAAACAUAAUAAACCGCAGCAGGACAGUGUGGCACGGGGAAAAAUCCACACACACUGUUGCUUAGAAAUGCUGUUUUCUUGUUGUAACAACAAUCUCUCUCUCUCUCUCUCUCUCUCUCCCUCUCUCGCCCUCUCUCUCUCUCUCUCUCUCUCACAUAUUCUUUCAGCCAGUGCAUGUUUGUAUGGUACUAAACACACAGGCUGUAACCAGAAAUGCCCCCAGCCACACAGUCACACACUGAACACACACACACUCUACACACACACACACACACACACACUCACACACACACUUUCCACACUCUCCCUGCCACAGCGGUCCCGAGCCUCACACUCAGGGGUAUUUUUCUCCUGCCAUGCCCACUGUGGCGAACCUCACCAGUCUGCCCCGGAAUUCACAGGCCGCUGAAAAUAGACAAACACACGGAGCUGUGUCCAGAUCGCGGGGUACCGGAGAGUCCGCGGCACUACACUGAACGCCCGGCGUCGUAAAGCAGGGUGGCUCCCUUAAUAAAACCCCGGGCGCAUAACGGAUAAAAAUAAAUAAAUAAAUAAAUAAAAAUCUAAACGAGGAGGCAGAGUGAGGCCACGUGGUGGGGCGCCUGUGAGGAAGAUGCAUUCCUGUGGAGAACUUUACACUCACAUGUACACACAACGUUGGAGAAGAAGCCCCAGAGGAAUUCAGCGUCUCUGUACUAGCAGCUCCGUCCUUCUCCAUAACUCCACUUCCUCCUCAUUUACUGCCACCGAUUACAGAGCUCACGCCACAGCGCCGUGCAGCUCUGCGUUCUGAUUGGUCACGAGCUGUUGAUUAGUUUUCUGUAACAGCAGCUCUGACUGUAGAGCCGCACAUCACAGCUUUAUAUCCAUACUACUGCUCUAAUACACCUUACCGUUUCCAUAGUAACAGCUGACAACAAUGUUUCUCUCCAAAAUAUCUUUCUUUCUUUCUUUCUUUUUCUUUCUUCCUUCUUUCUUUCCUUCUUUCUUUCUUUAUUUCCUUCUUUCUUUCUUUCCUUCUUUCUUUUUCUUUCCUUCUUUCUUUCCUUCUUUCUUUCCUUCUUUCUUUUUCUUUCCUUCUUUCUUUCCUUCUUUCUUUCUUUAUUUCCUUCUUUCUUUCUUUCCUUCUUUCUUUUUCUUUCCUUCUUUCUUUCCUUCUUUCUUUCUUUAUUUCUUUCUUUCUUUCUUUUUCUUUCCUUCUUUCUUUUUCUUUCUUUCCUUCUUUCUUUCUUUCUUUCUUUCCUUCUUUUUCUUUCCUUCUUUCUUUCUUCCCUUCUUUCUUUCUUCUUUCCUUCUUCCUUUCUUUCAUUUUCUUUCUUCCUUCUUUCUUUCUUUCUUUCCUUCUUUCUUUCUUUCUUUCUUCUUUCCUUCUUUCUUUCUUUCUUUCAUUUUCUUUCUUCCUUCUUUCUUUCUUUCCUUCCUUCUUUCUUUCUUUUUCUUUCUUUCUUUCUUUCUUUCUUUUUCUUUCUUUCUCCUUUCCUUCUUUCUUUCUCCUUUCCUUCUUUCUUUCUUUUUCUUUCUUUCUUUCUUUUUCUUUCUUCCUUCUUUCUUUCUUCUUUCCUUCUUUCUUUCUUCCCUUCCUUCUUUCUUUCUUUCUUUCUUUCUUUCUUUCUUUCUUUCUUUCUAUUGCUGUUCAUUCCUUCUGUUCAUUCUUCCUUCCUUCCUUGUUUCUAUUGCUGUUCUUUCUUUCCUUCUUUCUUUCUUCCUUCCUUCUUUCAUUCUUUCUUUUCCUUCCUUCCUUCUUUCUUCUUUCUUUCCUUCUUUCCUUCCUUCCUUAGUUCUUUCUUUCCUUCCUUACUUCUUCCUUCCUUCUUUCUUUCCUUCCUUACUUCUUCCUUCCUUCUUUCUUUCCUUCCUUCCUUCUUUCCUUCUUUCUUUCCUUCCUUCCUUCCUUCCUUCUUUCUGUUGUUCCUUCUCUUUCUUGUUUUUUCCUGACAACAUUUGGAGUGAAGUCUACAGCGUCCGCAGUCACGCUGGACUUAGUGAAAGUCUUCCCCAUGGUGGUGGUGAGGGAGGAGGAAACUCGGGUAGCUCGGGUCAUCCUGUUUAUCCUGAUGAAGUGUUUGAGAGGGAAGGCAGUGACUCGGUGAGUGGCUCCCUUUAGCCUGAGAGCUGGAGCUGGACGUGUGAGUGAUGAGAGACAUCAUGUUGGAUUAGGAGCAGACUCCGUGUGUUCCAGAUGAACAUGCCUCUGUGGUAACUGAUCUAAACGUAUAUGUGUAUAUGCAGUAUAACUGGUCUAAAGGUAAGCGGUGCUGCUGUGUUAAUGCUGAUGCUGUGAGCAGACAUGUUGAUCGGAUGUCACUUGCUGAACGCAGGACAUCAAGGACAUCCCGGAUUCCGGAGAAGGAUUUCCGAGUUGACGGGGUGUUUUCUUUGGUUUUUCCAAGCCGGAGGUCAGAGUUAUGACCUGUAGUCGAGUGCAGCCUAAACACACAUGACUGAAAAGUUCACAUGCAUCUUUACUGUUCGAAAAACAUCUGAGACCAUCGCUGAAAGCCGGUAAUUUUGGCUCGGUGCACAUCUGGUUCCAUAACUGUGUGUGUGUGUGUGUGUGUGUGUGUGUGUGUGUGUGUGUGUGUGUUGACAGCAGCAGGCGUGUAAUUUGGUAACACUGCAGAGAGCAGCUCGAGUUUCAUAUAAAAGCAGCUGAAGUAGAGGCUCUGCAGCUCUGAUUAAAAAGCUCCUGUCAGGUGUUUAGCUGCACAAAGGAAUGUUUGUUUUUUUUCUUUUCCAGAUGGACGGAUUCUAUCACUCUCCUCUCUUCACUCCAUCCACACUCCAUCUGCUUUCAAUAUCUCUAGUUCUGCUCGCACAAAUCAGUGCAUUCUUCUUUGAAUGAAAAUAUUUUCCCUCUUUCCAUUCACUCAUUCGUCUAUUUUUAUUCAUUCGUUUCUUUCUUUCCUCCUUUCUUUCUUUUCUUUUUCUUUUGUUUGCUGUUUGUUCCUUCUUUCCUUCCUUCCUUCUUUACUUUUUUUGUUCACUUUCUUUCUUUCUCUCUGUUUGCUGUUUCUUUCUUACAUUUGUUGCCUUUUCCCCUUCCUACCUUCUUUUUUCUUUUGUUUAUUCUUUCUUUCUUUCUUUCUUUAUUUCUUUCUUUCUUUGUUUCUUUCCCGCUCUCUCCACAUCAACCCUUCCUUCUUUUCCUUUUACCUUUUCACCUUUUUCUUUGAACUGAUUUGAUUGAGCUCUAUCAGUUCCCGCCCCCUUCUCCUAAUCCCCGCCCCCAUGUUUACAUUCCUCUUCAUUAUUUGGCAAACCCACCGGGCCCCCUCGUCCUUGUGUGGAGUCCAAGCGCAAGCGUGCACAGACACACACACACACACACACACACACACAUUCUCACUCAUACACUCACUCACACACUCACUCACACACACUCACUCAUACACUCACUCACACACUCACACAUUCACUCACACACUCACACACUCACUCACUCACUCACACACUUACUCACACAUUCACACACUCACUCACACACUCACUCACACAUUCACACACUCACUCACACAUUCACACACUCACUCACACAUUCACACACUCACUCACACAUUCACACACUCACUCGCACACUCACUCACACACUCAUUCACACACUCACUCAUUCACACACUCACUCACACAUUCACUCACACACUCACUCAUUCACACACUCACUCACACACUCACUCACACACUCACUCACACACCUGACUCACUCCCUCAUAUACACUCACUCACACACUCACUCACUCACUCACACAUAUACACUCACUCACUCACUCACUCACACAUAUACACUCACUCACUCACUCACUCACUCAUAUACACUCACUCACUCACUCACACACUCACUCACACACUCAUAUACACUCACUCACUCACUCACUCACUCAUAUACACUCACUCACUCACUCACUCACUCACACACUCACUCACACACUCAUAUACACUCACUCACUCACUCACUCAUAUACACUCACACAUAUACACUCACUCAUAUACACUCACUCACUCACUCACACACUCACUCACUCAUAUACACUCACACAUAUACACUCACUCAUAUACACUUACACAUAUACACUCACUCACACACUCACUCAUAUACACACACUCACUCACUCACUCACUCAUAUACACUCACACAUAUACACUCACUCAUAUACACUUACACAUAUACACUCACUCACUCACUCACUCACUCACUCACUCAUAUACACUCACUCACACACUCAUAUACACUCACUCACACACUCACUCAUAUACACUCACUCACUCACUCACUCAUAUACACUCACUCACUCACUCACUCACUCAUAUACACUCACUCAUAUACAUUCACUCACACACUCACUCAUAUACACUCACUCACACACUCACACACUCACUCAUAUACACUCACUCACACACUCACACACUCACUCAUAUACACUCACUCACUCACUCACUCAUAUACACUCACUCAUAUACACUCACUCACUCACUCACUCAUAUACACUCACUCACUCACUCACUCAUAUACACACACUCACUCAUAUACACUCACUCACUCACUCACUCAUAUACACACACUCACUCAUAUACACUCACUCACUCACUCACUCAUAUACACACACUCACUCAUAUACACUCACUCACUCACUCACUCAUAUACACACACUCACUCACUCACUCACUCAUAUACACUCACUCACUCACUCACUCAUACACUCACUCACUCACUCACUCAUAUACACUCACUCAUAUACACUCACUCAUAUACACUCACUCACACACUCACUCACUCACUCAUAUACACUCACUCACACAUUCACUCACACAUAUACACUCACUCACACACUCACUCACUCACUCACUCAUAUACACUCACUCACACACUCACUCACUCACUCACUCAUACACUCAC